AUUGGCUAUAAAACUAACCACACCACUCUCUCUUUUUUCUCUUUGUCUCUAAGAGCAAAAGCUAGCAUAGUUUUGGAAAUCAUUGAAUCAUAACAUACACGGAAGAAGGAAAAGUGUGAGCAUCAAGAAGAGAUUAUUUGGAAAAUGACUUGGCGCAAUGACUCUAAUCAUGAGGAGGAUGAAUUAAUCACUCCAUCUAAAGAUAACAACAACAACAAGACUCACAUGAAGCUCAAUGAAGAAAUUCAAAUCAUAAAAUGUCCUUCAUGUGACCAUAACAUUGAAGUCAAAGAUAAGGGUGGAAUUCAUGAUUUGCCUGGGUUACCAGCUGGAGUAAAAUUUGAUCCAAAUGACAUAGAAAUACUACAACAUUUGGAAGCAAAAGUGAUGUCUGAUGUGUGCAAGAUUCAUCCACUUAUUGAUGAGUUUAUACCAACACUUGAAGGAGAAAAUGGAAUUUGUUAUACACACCCAGAAAAACUACCAGGAGUCAACAAAGAUGGACAAAUCCGCCACUUUUUUCAUAGACCAUCCAAAGCAUACACAACAGGAACAAGAAAAAGAAGAAAAGUUCACACAGAUGAAGAAGGAAGUGAAACAAGAUGGCACAAAACAGGGAAAACUAGAGCAAUUAUUAUUAAUGGUGUUGUGAAAGGUUAUAAAAAGAUACUAGUACUCUACACAAACUAUGGCAAACAAGGAAAACCAGAUAAAACUAAUUGGGUUAUGCAUCAAUAUCAUCUUGGUAGUAAUGAAGAAGAAAGAGAUGGAGAAUUAGUUGCUUCAAAAGUGUUUUACCAAACACAACCUAGACAAAGUGGUAAUUCCAUUAGUAAUGUAAGAGAUUCAUAUGAGAAAAUAAUUAACAAAGGAAGUGGACAUGGUAAUAACAGUUCAAUACCUAACAAUUUAGGUAAUGUGGAAUAUUACAAUGGUCCUUAUACAAAUUAUGAUCAUAGGGAAAAGUCUCCACAAUUUAGUCCAAAUUUGGUUGUCCAAGGUGAUGGAUCUUUUAUUCGGUUAGCAAUGCCAAUGGAUACAAACAAAGUAAGAGUACUUGAGAGAAAGUGAUAUUGGAAGAGCUUCUUGGUAGAACAGCACUGAUUUUAUUAUUUAUUAUUGCUACUAAUCAAAAUAAUCUUGUAACCUCAAUGACAUAUAGUCUGAUGAGAUAGUUCGAUAAUAUCAUUUUAAUUACUAAUAAAGUUUUUCUUUCCCAUUA